CGAGAGGCGUCCUUAGAUGCGAGGAAUGUGUCGUAAAAUAAACAAAAGAAAUAUAUAUUAAAAUGGUAUUCAAAAUCUCUUUUUAUUUAGCAAUGCAAAUGGAAUGUUAUUAUAAAUACUUUAUCUAAUGCCAAGAUGUUUGUUUAUCUAAGUAAAAAGAUUGCCAUUCCUAACAAUACCAAACUAUGCAGUAUUGGAUGGAGUCGCGACCAAGGUUAUAUUGCAUGCGGUGGAAAUGAUGGCAUGCUUAAAGUUUUGUGUUUAGAAUCGCCAGAUCAAAAGGUCAAGGGCACAGCUGCCCAAAGUAAUUUGUCUAUGAAUCAAACUCUCGAAGGACAUUCAGGUACUGUUCAGAUAAUUACUUGGAAUGAGCAGUUUCAAAAACUUACAACAAGUGACCAAGCAGGACUUAUUAUUGUGUGGAUUCUUUAUAAAGGAGCUUGGUAUGAAGAGAUGAUAAACAAUCGCAACAAAAGUGUUGUAUGUGACAUGAAAUGGAAUGCAGAUGGUCAAAAGAUAUGCAUCACUUAUGAAGAUGGUGCUGUUAUAAUGGGAUCAGUUGAUGGAAAUAGAGUUUGGGGAAAAGACUUCAAAAACAUGAGUCUAAGCAAAGUAGAGUGGUCACCUGAUGGAAAGAUCAUACUUUUUGGACUUAAAAGUGGCGAAGUCCAUGUUUAUGAUAAUUUAGGAAAUCAAAUUAGUGUUAUUGAGUUAUUUUGUCUAGAUGGAGGCUCAUCCAAUCUAGUUGCUAUAGAAUGGUAUAAUGGCAAUGCUGGUUAUUUAGAAGAAAGUUGUCCUUGUCUAGCUAUUUCGUAUGAAAAUGGAAAGUGUCAAAUAAUGAGAGAUGAGCUUGAUGAGCUGCCAGUAUUAAUCAACACAAACAUGAGAGUUGUAUCUUUUAAGUGGUGCCAUAAUGGAUCGAUGUUUGCUGUGGCUGGCUCUGUUGCUAAUCAAGACAAAGAUGUCAAUUGUGUUCAGUUUUAUACUCCAUUUGGUGAGCAUCUGCGUACUUUAAAGGUUCCUGGUAAAGAUUUGACAUCUUUAACAUGGGAAGGUGGAAGUCUGAGAAUUGCUUUGACUGUUGAUACAUUUAUUUAUUUUGCAAAUAUCAGACCAAACUACAAGUGGGGUUACUUUGCUGACACAUUAGUUUAUGCUUUUACGAGACCGAAUAGGCGAGAAUGGUGUGUAAUAUUUUGGGAUACUAAAGGAAGUGAGAGAUACAUAAAAUAUGUUCGAAAUCUAGUCAAUAUUGUGACUGCUGCAGAUCAUUGUGUGUUAAUGACAAAAGCUGAGGAUUCUAGUCAUCAGUUUAUUUUGGUGUUGUGCAAUGCUAUUGGAACACCGCUCGAUUCAAGGUAUAUUGAUAUAGAACCGCGUUUUAUUUGUAUCACAUCAACUCAUGUUGUGGCUGCAUCAAAAGAAGCGUUUUAUACAUGGAACUAUAAAGCAGUUAAAAAGUUUAACACUGACAUAGCUCAAAAUGUUAAUCGAAAAAAAGAUGGUAGUGAGAAAUAUUUUCACAUUGAUGAUGUACCAUCUGGUGCUGGUGAUGGAAUUACAGACUUGAAAAAAGCCAAAGCUGCAACAUCAGAUCCUGUUUGCAGCAUUUGUGUUUCUGACAAGUUACUGAUUAUUGGUAGAGUAUCAGGUACAAUUCAUAAGUAUUCUCUUCCAAGAGUGAGUUUAGAGAAUAAACAUCUAAUAAAUUGUCGACCUUUUCAAAUGUCACUUAACUCUAAUUCUACGCGAAUGGCAAUUAUUGAUAUUUUAGGAGUUCUUACGUUUUUUGAUUUUGAAACAAAACGUACAGAUUUAGAAACAGGUCAUGAUGAAGUUGGAGAACAGUUAAAGCUUGAAAGAAAAGAUGUGUGGGAUAUGAAAUGGGCUGAUGAUAAUCCAGAAUUAUUUGCUAUGAUGGAAAAAAAUCGAAUGUACAUAUUUAGAAAUCUUGAACCUGAGGAACCUGUUACAUCUUCUGGAUACAUAUGUAGGUUCAGUGAUUUGCAAAUAAAAGCUGUUUUAUUGGAUGAGUUAAUGAAGAACCCAGAUAAUCCAUCCAAAGAUCAUAUUGUAGAAAUGGAGACAAAGUCCCUACGCGAUAGUCGGGAUUUACUUGAAAAAGUUGGAAUCGAUGAUGCUUAUCAAUUUAUUGUUGACAAUCCUCAUCCAAGAUUAUGGAGACUUUUAGCAGAAGCAGCACUUGAAAAGCUGGAUUUAGAAGUUGCAGAGAAGGCUUUUGUUCGUUGUCAGGAUUAUUACGGUAUCAAAUUUGUAAAACAGCUCUCAAAGCAUCACAAGGAUAAUGAAAAUAUUAAACAUGCUGAACUUGCUGUCUACUUUCAACGAUAUGAUGAAGCAGAGAAAAUGUAUCUGGAUAUGGAUCGUUGGGAUUUAGCUGUUGAGUUACGUUCUAAACUAGGUGAUUGGUUCAGAGUUGUUCAGUUACUAAAAUGGGGUGGAGGAGGAGAUGAUACUUUGCUGGAGAAAGCUUGGAAUGCCAUAGGAGAUUACUAUUGUGAUAGACAAAAAUGGGCAAAUGCCAUCCAGUACUAUACAGAAGGAAGAAAUGAAGACAGAAUUAUUGAAUGUUAUUAUAUGCUUGAAGAUUAUAAGGGCAUGUCUAAUUUUGCAAAGCAGCUGCCAGAUAAUCAUAAACUACUAAAGUUAAUUGGGGACAAACUUGGUGCUGUUGGCUUAUGUGAAGAUGCUGUUAUGGCAUAUAUGAAAUGCAACCAAAUUAAUCUGGCAAUAGAGACAUGUGUCAUUCUAAAUCAAUGGGAUCUUGCAGUUAAACUAGCCAAAGAACACAAACACAAUGAAAUCAGUGGUCUUCUUUCAAAGUAUGCUACUCACUUACUUGAAAAAAACAGAAUAUUAGAUGCAAUCGAACUAUACAGAAAAGCAAAUCAUUUUGUGGAUGCUGCCAAACUUCUUUUUCAGCUAGCUGAUGGCGUGGCAAAAUCACGCACUCAUCCUAUGAGAGCAAAAAAGCUGUAUGUUCUGGGAGGAUUACUUGUAGAGUCUUACCAUAACCUAAUGAAGGAGAAUGCGUCCAAAGAUGCGUUGGAAAAAGGGAAAUCAUAUUCAGCUCUAGCUGGUCUCUUAGAAGAAGAUUUUAUGUCAAAAGGAGAUUCUUUAUUAGUUGAUAAUGCUUGGAGAGGAGCUGAGGCUUUCCAUUUUUACUUGCUUGCACAACGACAACUUUAUGAAGGUUAUCCAUCAAGUGCACUUAAAACGGUGAUGCAUUUGCGUGAUUAUGACGACAUUAUUGAUCCUGUGGAUGCUUAUUCAUUAAUAGCGUUAAUUGCUUGUGCCAAUGAAGCUUUUGAUGUAUGCUCCAAGUCAUUUAUCAAGCUAGAAUUGCUAGAAAGCCUCACCGAAGAACAAAGGAAUCAAUACGAAGAGCUUGCUUUAAAGAUUUUUACGAGGCACAAUCCAAAAGACGGACGAUCAAAUCAAAUGGAAUGUACAAGUUGUAGUACUCGAAUACCUGAUUGGUGUUCUACAUGCCCCGCUUGUGAUGUGAAAUUUAGUGUAUGUAUAGCUAGUGGUCGUCCGUUAUUAGAGUAUCAAUUCUGGAUGUGUAGAGUAUGCAAGCACAGAGCUUUUGAGGGAGAGAUAAUCAACCUAGUCGCGUGCCCUCUAUGUCACACGGUUUUAUAAUUUUUUUUUAGAAAAAACGGUUUUAUAAUUUUUUUUUUUUUUUUUAUUUUUUUUUUGCUAUCUUGCUUAA